UCAGCAGAUAUCCACCCAUUUCAGACACACAGGAGCGGAGGGAUGUCCUGCUAGGUGGCUGCAGUGCUCUGUGUCAGGCCCGCUCAGACGUGGAGACCCAGGAAUAGGAGCAGGAUCAGGAAUAUCCUCCUGAGUCAGUGCCACGACGCUGACACACCACACUCGCCGGCAGGGCCGCCUCUGCUCCGAUAAUCAGCAUCCUAUGCUAUUCUGCUCAAGAUGGCGGUGCAGGCAGCGGAAAAGGACGGAAUAGUGUUGAAGAAUGUGGAGGAUGACCACCUGAACGACUCGCUGGGGAACCCCGGACUCAUCUCCCCUGAUAAGGAGGAUCUAUCACGUCUCCUGACGGUGCCAUUCAGCGGGCGCAUCCGGAGCGGCAUGCGGCCGGGGAAGAAGAUCAUAGUGAUGGGCAUUGUCGACCUGGAGCCAGACAGCUUUGACGUGAGUCUGACCUGCGGCCGUGACUCAGAGAAGGAGGAGCCCCCUUAUGAUGUUGCCCUGAAACUCACCGCCCGCUUCGCCGACCGCCAGUUUCUGCGCAGCGCCCGCAUCUCUGGGAAAUGGAUAGGGGAGGAGGCGUCCACCGCCUACUUUCCCUUCAUCCCCGAUCAGCCUUUUAGGAUUGAGAUCCACUGCGAGCACCAGAGGUUCCGGAUAUUCGUGGACGGACACCAGCUCUUUGACUUUUAUCACAAAGUAAAAUCGUUGGCCUCUAUCGACACAGUACGGAUACAAGGAGAUCUACAGAUCACCAAGCUCGGUUAACCUAACCCACUCUUCCUGCUCUGCAAGUCGCGUGCGAAGCAAGGACUUGAUCACAGAUGACCAUGCACACAUAUGCGCCUGUUACGUCAUCAUCCAUAACCCAUCAUGCAACACUACAGCAGCAUAGCAACUGGAAAAAGGCUCCGGCAGUGACAAGUUUGAGUUCUUCUGUUUCAUUCACUUCUUUCCAUUCCUUUCUAUUUGACCAGGAUCUGAUGUGAUGAUGCUUUGAGGGUGAAUGUGUUUGCUCCAUUUUCAGGUUUUUCUCUUUGUAGCCCCAGUUUUGUCAGAUCAGGGAUCUCACGGCUUAUUAAUAGCACGUUCAUUUUUUAUGUUGAAUACUUUAGGGAUGCUGAGAUAGAGGCAGGUGUGGAGUACUUUCAAGGAUGGAAAAAAGAUUCAGAUGUUAUAGAAACCAGUUACUCAGGAAAUAUCUGGCACUUAGCAGCUAAUAUGAAAGCAAACGGUUGCUUAUGGGUAAAAAUCUGGUGACUGAUUACAUGUUUUAAUUCUGCAAAAAGACCUUUUAGGAUAAACAGGAAACACGCAUGUUGAUUAAGCUAAAAGGAGACACUGAUCAUAGUUUUAAUUUUUCAUCCAACAACAGUGAUUAAAUAUGAUGUAGAAUUCUGCAGCAUUGAACCUGAGCAGUGAUAAGAUGUUCAAUCUGAGCCUUGGCUAAUUCCCACAAGGGCAGAAACAUGAUUUUUCAUAUCAGAUACAACUGGUUUAGAGCAAAAUGUUGCAGGUUGUUUGACACGUUAAGAUUUGAUUUCACUCAAACCAGCUGGAUGCGUGUUUAUUGUUGCAGUUAUGGUCUAAAACUCAAUCCUCUGACCACAGUAGAGCGCAGUCUGACACCCUGUUUCCUCAGUGCUGAUGUAUCUCUAACUCCGUAAGGCACUCCCCUGCCCUCCCUUGGGUUUAUCCCAGUUGUCAUGGUAACACGCUGCAGUCUCACCGACCUAAAUACCCCAAAAUGAGGAUUAUAUCAUGACAUGAUGUAUCAGAAAGCAUCCCAUACCGUACACUGCAUGUGUUGGUAGUUUUAGUGAACACUGCGGUCAAUCUCCUGUAGAAAGAAAGUCCUGUGUGGGGAACAGGAAGUAGAAUUAAGACUGUGGUGGGCAAGGAGAGUGAAGAAAUGGCUUUUAAAUUAGUUUGAAAAUUGGACUCUGCUCUCUGCUGUCACUGAACACAUCUGUCUCAUGCAAACCUCCUCUGAAUUGUUAUUUCUAAAACAAUAUGCAACUUAUUCUCAUAGAAAACACUCGCUUCGGUACAUAUUUAGAAGAAGUUGUGCUGUCAACUCAAACUAAUAUCCAAAACCUUCUGUCGCAUUCAACAGUCAGGUGGUUGUUUGGAAGCAGAAUCAGAUCCUGAUGGUAUUUUGAAUGUAUAGUAUUCAUGUUUCUACAGUAGCAUAGAAGAUAUAGUGAUGCACAACAUUAUUACUUAAUGUCACAGUUUUUUGGUGGGAUGGCUGGUGCUGUUAUAGUCAAUAUUCAGUCCUGCAGUAUGUCUUAUGUGUUUUAUGGCGUUAGUGAAUCAUUCCACAUCAUGAGUGUCUCGUCCACACUGAGCAGAUAGAUGCAGGUUUUUUACAAGUCUAAUACAGUUGUGUCUUAAAUGCAUUACACAGUUUUGUCUCUAUAACAGUUUCCACUCUAGUAGAGGUUAUCUGCAAAGCAAAACUCACAGUAUUAAGAGUAUUAUGUCUUAUGUUACAAUGUUUACACCUCCUACAGUAUCAGUUGAACACAUACAGUAGAACUAGCUAAGAGUUUCACUGCGUAGAUUUCUGGGUACCACUUUCUACUGUAAUAAUGGGUUUAUAAGAUGUAUCUUAUGGCUUCUUUAAUGAAUAAUGUUUUACUUAAGAGCUAUCUUUUGGGGUGGCCACAUCUAAAGUGAUGUUACAGAUGUUAAUAAAUCAUCAAGAAAGUUUCCUGAAUUUCUCACUUUAUCACAAAACAUCAAGUCUUUGAUUGUCAAUGUGGUCUGUAUGAAAAACGACAAAGACAAAGUGAGUGUCAAAAACUUUUCAACUUGUCAACCCAAAAGUUGUCCCUAUUAAUGAGUUAUAUGAUCUGGAAAACCAUGAAUCAAGCCAUCAUUUACAACUAAUAACCCCUUUGUAACUCCCUAAAUGGUGAGUUAUAAAGUCAUUAAAUAGCUGACGUCUCUGGAGACAGAUGAUGUAGUUCAUAUCAAAAAGAAACUGAAUGCAUGCUCUGCUGUGUCAUGGUUCGUAUCCACUUUUUAAGCAGCUGGACCCAGUGAAGAAGCAAAAAGUAGUUAUUGGUAGAUUGUCUCACAAGGCUGCACAGAAGUACCAUUAAAAUGUUGACAUUUCUUACACUUGACAUUAACAAGCUAACGAAGGUUUCCCUUCACGUUUUUGCUGCUGUGAAUUUGGAGUAAGCCAUGACAUCUGUGCAGAACAGUUGCACUGACUUCACUGCAGGGCACUCGGUAAUUGAUGCUCACACUAAUGAAGCUUUCUGAGCAAACGUUUGAAGAAACCUCUUUGUUUAACAUCUCAUUACUGUCUGUGCACAGUGAGCUGCAGCUGUGUGCAGCAUUCAGCAAAAUACAGAGAGUUUGCUUUCCGUACAUGCAUGCACUGAGUACUUAUUAGCUCCUUUCAUGUAGCAAUAAGGUUGCUGCUGCGAGACGGACUGCUCCGGAGCAGAACUUGUUUUCUCCUGGUCUGUCAGACAAGGUCUUCCUCAGUUCCUUGUUUUCGCUUGGCACUGCGCUGGUUUAUUUUGGACACAAACAGGAAAUGAGGACAGUUCGGUAUAAGAGGGCAGUGAGGAGUGUAGUUUGAAAGGAAGUGAGCCAGUGUGAUGCGUCAUUACCCCAGUGUUACAACAGAACAAAUGUGUACAAAUAAUGUGUAAUUGUGGUGACAGGGUGUGUUUUUUGGAUGCUGUUUUUGUGUUCUUUCUAUUAACCGGUGACCAUUUGUAACGCUACAGUUUCCUGUAACAACAUGUUAAUAUGCAUCAUGUAAAGAAUAUGAGAAUAACUCAGCAGUGUGUUUCAUGGAUGUGGAAACUAGUGUGUUAAAGUGUAACACAGGUUCAUGUUUUUGGCUCCUCGGCUGUCACACAUGGAGCCGAGCCGGCAGCAGUUAGCAGCAUCGACAGCGGCAGUGCUGCUGCUGCUGCUGCUGCUAGGAAUUAUGGGGGAGGGAGAUGAACAAUUCAAGACUUCCUGAAUUAAAGGGCUCGAACCAGGGAGCAUUUGUGUGUGCGUGUGUGUGUGGGAGCUGAGCUGUGUGUGUGUUUUGGCUCAACACAGCACAGUUUAACUCUGCAUCAGCAAAUAGCUUUUUGGACUGUUGUGGGUUGUCCAGCUGUGUACGAGCACAGUGUGUUUUAGGUUUUCUGCACAGCUGGAUGAUGAGCUGAUGGUACUUUAGCUUACUUACUGGUACUGGUGCACUUUAAAAAAGGUGUUGUGUCCACCUAAGGGACGCACAACUGCUGAGUAUUCCAGUAUAAAAAUCAGUUUCGGUACACGUGCUUAGAAAACCUCAACAUAUAUUGUGUUGCUUCUUGUGUUACACAACAGGUCCCAGUUCCUGAUCUCCUAAUGAUCCCGCAUAUUUGGAAGAACAAUCCUGGGAAACAUUAAUUCAAAUCACUACUAUUUUAAAUGUUCUUCAACCCUUUAAAACUGAAAAAGUGAAUGUUAUUCCCCUACUGAUUGUAAUCUGAUGAUAAAUACCCAGGUAGACAUGCUGUUCAUGUUCACCUCGUUUAUUUAGAAUCCAUUCUUUAUAUAAAAAAUAAAAUAAAAAUAGACCAACCGUCCUAUCCUCAGUUAAAACCAGAGGGCGUCUGAUAUAAGAGAAACAGUUUAUCUGACCCAGGUCUGUAUGCUACCCCUGCUUUUGGACUUUGGAUGUACAUAUUUACGAAUGUGGUCUCUCUGGCUCCGUUUUUACAUGAGGAAUACCAAGCUGAGUUACAAGCAGAAAGCAUUUUGUUGUGCAUGUAAGCUAGUACCUGGCAUUUUGUAUACAUGAAAGACUGAGGUGUUAUAUUGCCAGUUUUCUUUUGCUCCAGUCAAGCAUGCUGUUUCUUUUUUUUUUCUCAUCUACUGUAUCAGGUGUGUUUCAAGGGCAGAGUUCCCCUUGUGGUUGCAUUUUGUUUUCCUUUGAUCUGUUUACCUUUAUAGCCUAGGAUUCCAAUUUAGUAUUUACCAAAUUAAAAUCUUUGAAAAUUAUGAUAAACAAAGCAAUAUUAUGGACUAAAGUAUAUAAAUCAUGUUGUCCCCCAUGACUUUUAAUAAAUAUAACAACACAAUGAUUUUCUAAAAAGUGCUAAAACCUACAUGACUGUUGUGAGAGCAACUACAUGAUGAUGUCCAUUUACAGAAUUAAGUGUCCUCUGAGUAGAAGUAGGCUGAUCUGUUGCUAACGUAUUGUGUGGUUGUACAAUCAUUAUGAUUUAAUAUUUAUUACGGUGUAACCAGCAGGGUUGUGUGUGUGUGGUAACGUCAUACCUACUGUAUUGGUAACGUACUAUUUUAUGCUGUUUAUAUGAAGGCAUCUUGAAAAGUUUUUUAUAAUGAUGAAAGUGUUUCUGUGGUUCUGGCCUCUGACAUGUACAAAUAUUACAUAUUGUACUUUUCUGUAUGACACAAAGGAAAUGUGUGAAAUGAGUAUUGGAUCAAAGAUUAUUUUCUUUUUUUAACUGCAAAACAAUGCUAACCAUCAUUUUGUGUGUUUUGGGAUGUACCAAGUCUUAAGAUCACCAGGGUGUUGGCUUUUGAAAGUCUUUCAUGUUACCAAGCAUCAUGUUGGCCCCCUCUGUUGGCUGUUUUUCAGCUGAGCAGCUUUUUUGUGGCGAACAUAAACAGGAGCACUUGCAUUUACAACACGUUGCAGAUUUAAAAAAAAGAAGAUCCUGAUUUUGUGUCUCAUUAAGGAUGUGCACUGGACCAGUGUUUAGAAGAAGACAUUCCACCAUUGUGUUAGACCUCUAACCUCCAAAUGUUUGUUUCCUUUAUGCUUUUGUAAAAACAGCUACUUUGCAAACCAAUAAACUUCUCAUCUUGGAAA